AUGUAUAGAGUUUACGCAUCAAAGGUUCGAGUAAUACCUGGAUUUCAUCCAACGUUUAUACGGCGGUUAAAUGUUAUGUUCAUCAUACCCUUUCGUCUUCUUAUGCUUGUAGCCCACUUUACUGCACUCAUCUGCGCUUCACUUGGGAGUGAUGAAAUGAUAUUAGAGGCUUCAUUGGGUCCAGAGUACACCAAAGACGAAUAUUUAUACUUUAGACGUUCAACAGAUGCAUGUUUGGCAGCAUCUUUUUUAUUUCUUUUCUUCGAUUGUUGGGGAAUUGUGACCGCUCGAACCCUCAGGUCAGGACUUAUGAAUACAAUAAAUGGAUGUCUUCAUGCUGCUGCUGCAGUUUUGUUAAUAGUUGCUUGGAAUGCCACAAUGCAUGUUACACGAAUUUGGCAGAUAUUCUACAUAUUUAGUAUUAUACCAACAGGAUUAGAAGUAAUUGCAUUAUGCAUUUCAUACAAUAACGGUAUGGACAACUUUUACUGA